AGAAAUAACAAAAUUUAAAGCACUUUUCAGCGAUUUUUAUGGUAAGUGCUAGAAAGCGCUUAGUGAAACCGUUUUCUAAGCUAAAAUAAGCAGCUUAUUUGAGUGAAGCGGCUUUUAGCAGGUUAAGACGAGAAUAUUUAAGCGCUUUACAGCAGCUUAUAGAAGCAUAAGCAUUUUGAAGCUGCUUGCCAAUAGCUUACAAAGACAAAAAGUUUUCAUAUGGGUAAUAUAAAAUUCUCUUUAAUUAAUCCUAUAUCAUCUUGUUAAGAUCCUAAUUAUUAAUAUAGAUAGUCAAUGAUAUUAUAAUAAAAAUAAAUUAAUCCAAUUUAAUAGAAUUUUCGACUUAAAAUUCAUUUUUGAUAUUGGAAUAAUUUGUUUCGAUUUUAACGAAUUAUCAAUGAUAAAACAACAUACAGUUUACAUUUUACCUAAGUUAACUUUUUUCUUGUUUUUGAUAAAAAAGAAUGAAUUGAAUUGUUAUAUUCUGAAUAAUGAUAAUUUUUUAAUGAAAAUAAAAAUAAAUCUAUGAAUGUCUACACUGAUAAAUAUCGAUAUAAAUAAUUCGAAGAAAUAUUAUAAAUUUUUUCUCGUAUUUAACUUAUUUUCUUUUAAUUUUAGUUUGGAAUGUUUACAUUUUCAUCGUCGUGAAUUUGAUGAUUUACUCAAUUCAUCAACAGCAUUAUCAUUAUUCUGCUUGUUAAUAUUUUCUCGUGGUGAAUAA